AUGGGAACGCCGGAGGGGAGCUCGGCGGCCACGCCGCCCUCCGCUGGGACCGCGCCCUCCGCCGGCGGGAGAGGAGCGCCGGGAGAUAACGGCAACCCUCUCCAGUCUCCACCGGCACCCCCGCCGCCCCACACACCCGCCUGGCCGCCUCCCUCAGUCCCUCCCUUGGCAGCCGCCGUGCCUCCACUCCGCCGCCACCGCGCGCAAGACCAAGGGCCUCUCCCCGCUCCGGCGACCCCGCCGUGCCUCCACGUCAGCUCCUCCCGCACCCCCACCGCGCGCCGCCGUCGGCAAGCCUACGCUACCGCAGGCGCAGGGGCCACGGUUCGGCAACCUCCGGCCUCCACCGCGCCCUGCAGUUCUGGUGUCCACCACAACACGCCGACGCCGCUGCUCGCCCACCGAAGCAGAGCUUUAAUGGUUUUGACGCUGAAAGUCAUUUCGUGCGCAAUAAACUACAGUGAUGGCAUCUUGAAGGAAGAGGGUUUACGCGAGUCUCAGAAAAAGUACCGAUUGACUAAGCUUCCUUCUCUAAUUGAAUAUUUUGGUUACUGCCUCUGCUGUGGGAGUCACUUUGCUGGACCAGUGUAUGAGAUGAAAGAUUAUCUUGAUUGGACUGCAAGGAAAGGAGUAAUUGGCCUCCAUCAACUUUUGCACGGGUUAUGCGAUCUUUGCUGGACCGGUGUAUGAGAUGAAAGAUUAUCAUUUGUCUAUGGGUUUUCAUGUACUCUGUCAGAGUUUGUUGGAUGAUUGGGUACGAAUGAUUGUACAGGGUCGGUGUUUUCGUUUUGCCUUUCCGUAGACCGUUUGUUUUCGACACAUAUCCGUUCGAAUUGGUUUGUUUUCGAUA